AUGGAGCCCUCAUUCGACUACAUCAUUGCGGGCGGAGGCACCGCUGGUGUCGUGAUUGCUUCUCGUCUAAAAGAAUACCUACCCAACUCUAACAUCGCAUUGCUCGAAGCAGGCCCAAACGCAGUGGACGAUCCCGCUAUCGACAAUGUCUCUGACCCACUCAACUGGAUGCCGCUAUUCCAGAAAGGCUUCCUUAUAGACUAUUCAACUACACCACAAGAACAUCUGGGUGGCAGGAAUAUCAUGAACGCUGCGGGCCGUUUGUUGUCAGGAGCAAAUGGUGUCAACAUUGGGUUGUGGAUGCGAGCCUCUACUGCUGAUCUGGACGUCAUGGCCGAAAGGGCAGGAAACGCGAGAUUCACAUAUGGAAACAUGGAAAAAUACUACAAACGCAUAGAGACGCAUUUCGAUGCGACGGCAGAUAAAGAUCGGUAUGGCUUUGAUGGCAAAAUUCACACCGUAGGGGGAAGAAAGUACCCGAUCCGAAACCUUCUCAAAGAAAGUGCAGAGAAUCUGGGCCACAAGUACAACCCAACCAGGGGAGACCCGACGGGUCUGGGGGAUAUCACUCAGUGCUGGCGUGCUACUUCCGAGUCUACCGCGACACGGCAACACAGUGCCAAAGUAUACGACCUAAGCGGCGUCGAAGUCUUUUGCGAUACAUCCGUCGCUCGCAUUCUUCUCGACGACUCAAAGCGAGCCAUUGGAGUGGAACUUACCUCCGGCAAACGCAUCAUGGCAAACAAGGAAGUCAUAGUCUCAUGUGGGACUCAGGUCUCACCAAAGAUCCUGAUGCUAUCUGGCAUUGGACCCGCCGACGAACUGGCCAAACACGGCAUCCCCCAAACCGUUGAUUCCCCCGCCGUAGGCCAGAACCUCUGCGACCACAACGCCAUGACAAUGUACUUCAAGCUUAAAGACGCUUCAAAAGUCUACGCCCGCCCAUUCAAUGAGUAUGCGGAUCCAGCAUAUGGCCAAGGUCUCCCCUUUGACUUUGGCUUGUUCGCCAACAUUCCCGAUACAGAGCUUUCUCCGUACCUCAAGGACGACGGCAUCCGCAUUGAUGAGCCGCAAGAGGAGGACUUGUUACUGAGGCCUAACCGGUGCCACUACCUUAGUUUGGCAGUUUACUACCCUUUUCUCGUUGACCCGACCAUUUUCCCUACUGUCAAGGAAGACGGUGCUCACAUUUCGCUAUGUGCAUUCCAUAUGCUUCCGCUGUCUCGUGGUAGUGUAACGCUGAACUCGGCGGAUCCCAACGAUAAACCUGUAUGCGAUCCGCGUUUUCUCUCUACUAAUACCGAUCGAUUUAUUCUGCGCCGCGCUGUGCGUGAGAACUUGCGCUUGGUGGAGACGGGGCCGCUGGCUGCCGAGGUCGAGGGCGAGGUUCCGCCUGCGGGUGCGCAGUUUCCCGCGUUGACGACGAAGAGUAGCGAUGAGGAGAUUGAUGCAAGAAUCACGCAGUUUGCAGGUACAAUUUGUCAUCCCAUGGGCACAUGUGCACUGGGAACGGUACUGGACGAUGCGUUUAGAGUCAAAGGAGUGGAAGGACUAAGAGUUUGCGAUGCUAGUGUUCUCCCGGAACCGAUUGCUGCUAUGCCUUCUUUCACUAUUUAUGCGCUGGCUGAGAUGUGUGCUGAUCUCAUCGCUGGGAAGGCCUGA